ACACAAAAUAUUCUUUAGCUGUAAGUCACGACGACCAUUGAAGAUGCGAGAAACGCGUGUACACAGACUCAUUGGUUACUUUGAGUUUGAGACCAUCAGCGAAUUCCUACAGUCUCAUUAUGACUCACUUUGCUAAACUCCAUUCACUCUUCUCCACUUCCUUUUUUCCCUCGAAAAGUUCACAUUUUUUCAUUAAAAAUUGCUAAAUCUUCUUCACACUCUUUUGAGUCUUGUCUCUGUUUUAUCUCGCCUGAGGAUACAUGGAAGACGGAGAUUCUAACCAAGAAAAUCCCCAAUCUCUCCAAACAAACCACGAUGAUUCCUCCCACAAGAAGCCACCUGCUUCCUCCUCCGUCGUAGACAGGUUAAAGCGCGAUGAAUGGAGCGAAGGAGCUGUCUCGAGUCUACUCGAGGCCUACGAGACCAAAUGGGUUCUCAGGAACAGAGCCAAGCUCAAGGGUCAAGACUGGGAAGACGUGGCUAAACACGUGUCCUCACGCGCCAGCCACACAAAGUCACCCAAGACUCAGACACAGUGCAAGAACAAGAUCGAGUCCAUGAAGAAACGGUACCGUUCCGAGUCCGCUACUGCCGAUGGCUCCUCCUGGCCUCUUUACCCUCGUCUCGAUCAUCUCCUCCGAGGAACUUCUUCUGUGCAGCCUCAGGCUGUUCUUCCUCUGAAUUGCUCUGCUCCUUUGCUCCUACUCGAGCCUCCGGUGACUCAUCCGCCGCAGCCACCUCCUGCUGCUCAGAUUUCUCACGGAUCUAACGGCGUUGGCAAGAUUCCCAAGGAAGAUGGAGUCAAGCCGGAGUUUACAGAGGAGAAACCGGAGAAAGCGGCGGAGAUGGAUACAGACAGCAGUACGCCGGUGAUUUGCAGAGAGAAAUCAAAGGUGAGAGGGAAGAAACUGAAGAGAAGAUACAAGGAGGAGAAGGAGGAGAUCGCCGGAAGCAUACGGUGGUUAGCGGAGGUGGUGAUGAGAUCGGAGAGAGCGAGAAUGGAGACGAUGAAAGAGAUCGAGAGGAUGAGAGCUGAAGCAGAGGUGAAGAGAGGAGAGAUGGAUUUGAAACGAACGGAGAUUAUGGCCAACACUCAGCUAGAGAUUGCUAGGCUCUUUGCAGUUGCAGCUUCUGGACACAAAGGUGUUGAUUCUUCACUGAGGAUCGGAAGAAACUGAGAGUUCACUUAUUAUUAUGAAUGGUCUCAUCAAAAAGUCUUCUUUCUCUGUACAUAACAUUAAUGGUCUACCAAGAAUAACCUUUUUAAUCUGCCAAAUAAUUUGUUUCCAUGGCGAUUCAAAAAAAUGUAUGGUUUUUUCAUGGUUUUUAAUCUAGUUGUCAUGAAGAUUAUACUC